CAUUUAACAUGGGUUACGGACACUCAAGGUAACAACUUCGCUCAGUCAAUUAGGUACGCUGUUAUGGUACGGUUAAACCAUUUCGUUUCAUCUGCGGUUCCCUUUCGACUUCUGAUCAACGUGUCGACGACAGAGCUUUUGAACUCCCCACUAAAAACCAAAGUGAAUCACGAACUUUAAAUAACUGUUAUGUUUGGUAGUAAGCGUUAGAUUUCUUCAUUUAUAAUCAUGGAUUGUGUGCGUCUGUUUUAAAAAUUUUCUUGAAUCUAGAUUUAUGUCUCGAAAAAAUUUGUAAUUGUAAGAAUUUGGUUUUGUUUGCUUUUAAAUUUUAUUGUGUUGUUAUUAAAUUUUGUUUGUGAUUGUGUACAUCAGCUUUUUUGUGCAUUGGUUUUUGGAAUAUUUAAUUAAGUAAAGACUAACACAUAUCUGAUCCAUGUUUCUAUGCGGUAUCUCAAACUAGAAUAGCCGAUAUCGAACAAUCAGAAUGGCGUUAUCCCUUAAAAUCAACAUCGUCGACAGCAAUGUCACCAAAACCAUCGUUUUCGAUUCGUCAUCAACAGUUUACGAUGCUUGCAAAAUCAUCAGGGAAAAAUGUACUGAAGCUAAUCUUGGCCAACCUAAAGAUUAUGGUUUAUUUCUUACGGAUUCUGAAAAUAAAUCAGGAGUAUGGUUAGAACCAGGCCGACAAUUGGCUUAUUACAUCUUAAGAACGGGAGAUCUCUUAGAAUACCGAAAAAAAUUAAGAACAUUAAGAGUAAAAAUGUUGGAUGGUUCCGUAAAAACCAUGCUGGUAGAUGACUCCCAAAUCGUUGCAAACUUAAUGGUGGUGAUCUGCACGAAAAUCGGUAUUACAAACCACGAUGAAUACUCGUUGGUGUUAGAUGAACCGGAUAAUCAAGAAAAUUUGGAAAAUCGUAAUUAUGGUACUCUAACGCUGAAACGUAAAAAAGAGGAAAAAGGAGAACGCGAUGCUAAAAUGGAAUUGCUUCGUAAGAAAUUGAAGACGGACGAUGAGCUUAACUGGGUCGAUCCGACGAAAACGUUGCGGGAACAAGGAAUCGAUGAACACGAAACCGUCCUGUUAAGAAGAAAGUUUUUCUUCUCCGAUCAGAAUAUUGAUUCGAGAGAUCCCGUCCAAUUGAAUUUAUUGUACGUCCAAGCCAGAGAUGCCAUUUUAGACGGAACCCAUCCGAUCACUUUAGAUAAAGCUUGCGAAUUCGCCGGUAUUCAAUGUCAAAUUCAAUUUGGAGAUCACGUUGAGACAAAACAUAAAAGUGGAUUUUUGGAUUUAAAGGAAUUUUUGCCUCAAUCCUACGUUAAAAUUAAAGCUGUCGAUAAAAAGAUUUUUGGCGAACAUAAAAAACAUAGUGGGAUGAACGAGCUAGAAGCUAAAGUACUUUACACUAAAAAUGCAAGAUCUUUAAAUACUUAUGGAGUAACUUUCUUUUUAGUAAAGGAGAAAAUGAAAGGCAAAAAUAAAUUGGUACCACGUCUUCUUGGAGUUAAUAAAGAUUCUGUGCUGCGUCUCGAUGAAAACACAAAAGAAAUCUUGAAAACUUGGCCGUUAACAAGCGUGAAAAGAUGGGGUGCUAGUCCCAACACGUUCACCCUUGACUUUGGAGACUAUUCCGAUCAAUAUUAUUCUGUACAAACUACUGAAGGCGAACAAAUCCAACAAAUUAUUGCUGGAUAUAUUGAUAUAAUCUUGAAAAAACAACAAGCAAAAGAUCAUUUUGGAAUUGGUGGAGAUUCUGGAUCAGCAAUGGAAGAAGUUAUUGUUUUGCCAAAUAGAGGUGCAGUUAUCGAACGACUCAGCGUCGACAAAGGAAAGAAACAAAUUACGAAUUCGAUUGCGAAACCGGGAAUUAUUCGAGAAGUUGAAGGAGAAAAGAAAAUGGGAACUGGUCAUGUAGGCACAACCCAGCAAAUUACAGUAACUGGAAAUGUAAAUGUAGCCCAUGCACCACCAUCGGAACAACAUCCAAAAGUUACUCCAAUCCUCACAGAACCUCAAAGGGCUUUAAUUUCAACUAUAAUGACUACUCAAAAGAAAUUGGAAGAAACCCAAAUCGAUUUGGAAGCGAAAGCUCAAAUUCCCGAACUUGGAAGCGACCCUCACGCGAAGAAAUGGAAACAAGUUACUUUGGAUACUAGAAAGCAAAAUGUUGGAAGUCAAAUUGCUGCUAUGAAUGCUGCAACAGCACAAGUGGUGACUUUAACAUCCGGCCCGGCUGAGGAAGUUGACCACACGGCUGUUGGAGCUGCCAUAACAACGAUUGGAAGCAAUCUUCCCGAGAUGACUAAAGAUGUCAAAAUGAUUGCUUCUUUAAUGGACGAUAGCAAUAUGGGAGAAAAAUUAAUUGAUGCCACAAAGAAAUUAGUAAACGCUUUUAGCGACUUAUUAAAAACGGUCGAACCAGAAGCUAAAGAACCAAGACAAAAACUCCUUAACGCCGCCUCAAGAGUUGGCGAAGCUAGCUCCCAAGUUUUAGCAACAAUCGGUGAAGAUACAACUGAAAACAAAGAAUUACAAGACAUGCUAUUAUCCUUAGCUAAAGUAGUUGCAAACACCACAGCCGCUCUCGUUCUUAAAGCUAAAGACAUCGCAUCAACUUGCGACGAUCAACAAACUCAAAAUCACAUAAUCGGCGCUGCAACUCAGUGCGCUUUAGCUACAUCCCAAUUAGUUGCUUGCGCCAAAGUAGUCGCUCCAACUUUACAAUCACCGGCAUGUCAAGAACAAUUAACCAUGGCAGUACGAGAAGUCACCAAAGCUGUUGAAAAUUUGGUUGCCCUCUGCAACGAUUCUUGUUCAAACGAAGAUCUUAUGAGUCAACUAAGAGAAGCUGCGGCUAACGUAACAAAAACAUUAAACGAUAUGUUGAAACACAUCGAAUUGGUUGCGCCGAAAAAAGCUACCGAAUCGAUUCAAGAAAAAAGUGUCGAAACGAUUUAUUCCGCAACUGAUAAAAUUAUUUCCGUCACUGGCGAUGCUGGGGAAAUGGUGAGACACGCUCGCGUUUUGGGACAAGCGACCGCACAAUUAAUUACAAGUAUAAAAGGAGAAGCUGAAAAACAACAAGACACUAACAUUCAAAGAAAAUUAUUAGCCGCCGCUAAAACAUUAGCUGAUGCAACCUCAAAACUUGUUGAAGCAGCGCGACAAUGUGCGAAUAGCCCGCAAGAUUUAGCGUCUCAAGAUAAUUUAAGAAAAACUGCUGAAGAUCUUCGAGAUGUAACUAUUUUAGCCGUAACAACUCCAGCUUUGCGAGCUAAACUUGUUGAUAGAGUUCACGUUUGCGCAAGAAGAGCUGUCGCAUCUGCCACUCAAUGUGUUCCAGCAGCACAAGCGAGUCAUCCUUAUAAUAAUAAUAUGGCGACGAGAGAAGCAUUAAAAGCGGAUACCACAGAAAUGGUUUCAACUAUUCCACCAUUAGUGGAUGCAAUUAGAUCACAAACAAGUAACCCAGAAGAUACAAACAAUCAAGUUGGGUUAAUGUACGUAGCCGAAGUUUUUUUGCACCCCGCCACUCAUUUUGUACAAUCUUCAAGAGCUGUAUUACCAACGGUAGUUGACGAAUCCGUUUCACACAAAUUAUCCGAAACAACACAAACUUUAAACACCGAAUUAAACGAAUUAAGAAGUGCCAUAAGUCGAGCGAAACCCGCUUGUCAAGGUUUAGGAUUCGAUGCGGCCACCCAGUUGAUUGAAGAUUUACGAGAAGAGUUACUAGAAUUUGAAAAAGCAUGUCAAAGUCAUAAUUUAAGACCACUUCCUGGAGACACAGUAGAACUUGCCGCACAACAGUUAGGGAUUAGUAGCAAAGCUGUUAAUCAAAGCAUUGCCAGAUUUAUAAGCGCAACAUCUCACGGUAACGAGAUUUACAUGGCUCAAGCCGCUCGAGAUACCGCCGAAAGUUUGAAAAAUUUCACCGGGGCUAUCAGAGCUGUUGCCGCAACAACCGAAGAUGUCGACUCCCAAUUCGAUAUUCUUGAAGCUGGGAAAGAUGUGUUUAUUUAUUCAGCUAAAAUAAUAAAAGAAGCCCAAAGAUGUCUUCAAAAACCGAAUGUUGGCUUAGAUCCUGAAGUUACAGCAACCGCUAAAAAUAUAACUGAAGCUUUAGAUAAAACUGUUAGUUGCCUCCCAGGACAAAGAGAUGUCGAUGUUGCUAUAACUUGCAUCAAAGAAUGGAGCAACAUAAUCGACAGAAACCAAUUCCCAACCACUAAUAAAUCUUAUGGUGAACUCCAACAAGAAUUAAACACCGCAGCCGCUAACUUAAAUGAAGCAAGUGCCGAUGUUGUAACUUCCGUUAAAAGCCCCGCCCAACUCGCCUCAUCAGCCAAAGAUUUCGGCUCCGCCUUCCACGAAUUACUUCAAGUUUCGAUGGAAAUGGCCGGACAAUCUAAAGACGGAAAAGUUCAAAAAGACGUUGUUUAUUCAUUAAAGAACGUUUCAACCGCAUCAAGUGGUUUAUUAAGAACCGCAAAAACAGUUUCUGCUGAUCCUAACUUACCAAACGGUAAAAAUCAAUUACAAAGCGCCGCAAGAGCUGUUACAGAAAGCAUUAAUAGUUUAGUUGAAGUAUGUACUUCAUCAGCACCUGGCCAAGCUGAAUGCGACAACGCAAUCAGAAACAUACAAGCGAUGAAACCAUUAUUGGAUAACCCAACUGAACCAAUCAAUGAAUUUACUUAUUACGAAUGUUGGGAGGCUGUUAAAGAUCGCAGUAAAUGUUUAGGCGAAGGAAUGACUGGAAUUACAAACAGCGCGAAACAAUCCGAUCAUGAAAAAUUCGCCGAAUAUAUCCGCAUCAUUAACGAUUCAAUUUGCGGAUUUGUUGAAGCAACCGCACAAGCUGCUUAUUUUGUUGGAGUUUCUGAUCCAACCAGUACAGCGGGAAGACCGGGAAUUAUCGAUCAAGCUUUAGUAGCUCGAGCUGCACAAGCAAUUAGAGUUGGUUGUCAACAAUUAUCAUCACCAACAAGCGCACAAGACCAAAUCGUCUCAGCAGCAACAAUCAUCGCAAGACAUACAAGCGCUUUAUGUAACGCUUGUAGAGCUGCAAGUGGAAAAACUUCCAAUCCAGUAGCUAAAAGGCAAUUUGUUCAAAGUGCUAAAAACGUGGCGAAUUCAACCGGCCAUCUUGUACAAGAAAUUAAAGCUUUAGAUGUUAACUUUUCCGAUGAGAAUCGUCAAAGAUGUGCUGAAGCAACCGAACCGUUAUUAGAAGCAGUUGAUAAUUUAUGCGUUUACGCUAAUUCGAGUGAAUUUAUUACGAUCCCUGCAAAAAUAUCGCAUCAAGGUCGUCAAGCCCAAGAACCAAUUCUUGACGCUGGACGCAAAAUUAUCGAUAGUUCUUGUGCCGUUAUUCAAGCUGCUAAAAGCUUGGUUGUUCUUCCUAAAGAUCCACCAACAUGGCAUCAAUUCGCAAGCAAUUCCAAAAAUGUUUCUGACGCGAUUAAGAAGUUAAUUUCAAGCAUACUUGAUAAAGCUCCUGGUAAAGCGGAAUGUGACGAAGCUGCUUUGAGACUUCAAGAACUCCUUCGCGCGUUAGAUUCGGCAUCGAUGGAAGUAAUACAUCAAACGUUAACGAAACGCGGUCAAAGUCUUCAAGCAUGCAGUCAACAAGUUGGGAGAGCCGCCGCUGAGUUGAAAGAUACCAUCGAGCCUUUGAAACAAGCCGCGAAGUUUGAAUCGCAAAAUAUAGGGCAUUGCGUUAAUCAGUUGGCUCAUUACUUUGAACCUGUUAUCCAAGGGAGCAUUGCGGCCGCUUCAAAUUUGAAUAAAUCCAAACAACAAGAAGUUAUUUUGAAUCAAGCUAAAAGUGUUACUGAAUCUGCGUUACAGUUUAUCUAUGCCAGUAAAGAUUGUGGAGGAAAUUCUAAGGCAACUCAAUUGCAUCCAGACGUAGACGAAUGUGCAUCAUCAACAAAAGAAGCUUUACAAGAACUGGUAAACACCAUCGAAGACAUUUCAACACAAAGCGGUUUCGUAUCCAGCGUAGUUGAUAACUUAACUCGAGCAAUGACAAGAUUAACUGAUCAUAGAGCCUCUUUCAUUAUGACCGAUGGAGAUUCUUAUGUUGAUUAUCAAACAAGAAUGGUUGAGUGUGCCAAAGACAUUGCAAAAAUUGCAAGUGAAAUGUGUACUAAAGCUACAUUAGAACCGCAACGUUUAGCCCCAUUAUCGGCGGAUCUUUCCCAUAAAUACACACAAUUAGCAAACGAUAGUCUUGGAGCAGCGGCGACCUCAACAAACGGAGAUAUAUCGAUUCGCUUAAAAGAAGCGGUUCAAGAUUUAGGCGGUGCUUGUGUUGAUGUAGUUCACGCGGGUGAUCAAUGUCAAAUGAGAAAAGAUGAGGGGUCCAUCAGAGCUAUUGGAGAUGCAUCAAGAAAUGUUUCUGAAAAAGUUUCCCGAGUUUUGGCAACUCUUCAAUCGGGUUCACGCGGGACUCAAGCUUGCAUCAAUGCUGCUUCGACAGUAUCUGGAAUUAUUGGUGAUUUAGAUACAACCAUUAUGUUUGCAACUGCAGGAAAUUUGAACCCCGAAACUGAAGAUCAAUCUUUCGCUGAUCACCGUGAGAAUAUUUUGAAAACUGCAAAAGCUUUGGUUGAAGAUACCAAGACUUUGGUUGCUGGAGCAGCUGCUUCUCAAGAAAAACUUGCUGCUGCUGCACAAAAUGCUGUAUCAACAAUUGUCCAAUUAGCUGAAGUGGUUAAAUUUGGUGCUGCUAGUUUAGGAUCGGAUAAUCCUGAUUCUCAGGUGAUGUUGAUUAAUGCUGUUAAGGAUGUUGCAAGUGCUUUGGGUGAUCUUAUCCAUGCUACAAAAGCUGCCAGUGGUAAACCAAUAAAUGAUCCAGCUAUGGCACAUUUAAAGGAUAGCGCUAAGGUAAUGGUUACUAACGUCACUUCUUUGCUGAAAACUGUAAAAGCUGUAGAAGACGAGCACACCAGAGGUACUCGAGCUUUAGAAUCUACCGUAGAAGCUAUAGGACAAGAAAUGAAGGCUUUAAGUGCUGGAGAAUUAGCUAAAACUGGAAUGACUCCCGAAGAUAUUAUUCGUUGCACAAAAGCUAUUACUAAAGCUACUUCAAAAUCGGUAGCUGCCGGUAUAAGUAAUAAACAAGACGAUAUCAUCGCAGCAGCUAAUUUAUCGAGAAGAGCCGUUUCUGAUAUGUUAGUUGCGGUGAAAAGCUGCGCUUUUAAUAUCGCCGAAACGAAAGAGUUGCGUGAAAGGGCUUUAAAUGCUGGGUACGAUUGCGCGCAACAAUUUAGGGAGUUACUUAUGAGUAUUUUGAAUGGAAAUACAGCGGAUGCUAAACAAGUUUUACCACAAAUUUCGAGAAAAAUUGCACAAUCUGUAACUGAAUUGGUUACAUUAGCGGAAUUAUUAAAAGGAAGUGAUUGGGUUGAUCCAAAUGAUCCAACUGUUAUUGCUGAAAAUGAACUUCUUGGAGCUGCCGCUUCUAUUGAUGCUGCAGCUAAGAAACUAGCUAGUUUAUGUCCAAGAAAAUCUAUUAAGACAAGCAAUCUUGAAGAAAACAUGAAUUUCGACGAAAUGAUUUUAGAAGCGGCUAAAUCAAUAACAGCCGCAACUUCAGCGUUAGUUAAAGCGGCGAGCGCAGCUCAACGCGAAUUAAUCGAAGCAGGAAAAGUAUCCAGCCAACCUCUCUUAAAUUCGGACGACGACCAAUGGUCGGAAGGGCUUAUUUCCGCCGCAAGAAUGGUCGCCGCAGCCACUCACACUUUGGUAGAGAGUGCUAACGCUUUAGUUCAAGGAUUAGCCGGCGAAGAAAAAUUAAUUUCAUCCGCGAAACAAGUCGCAACAUCAACGGCUCAUCUUUUAGUCGCUUGUAAAGUUAAAGCUGAAGGGGAUACGGAAGCUACGCGACGAUUACAACAAGCCGGAAAUGCGGUUAUUAAAUCCACGGAUAAUUUAGUUAGGGCUGCGCAACAAGCUAUUACGGUUGAUGAGGAUAAAUUUAUUAUUUUGCAUAAGCGAGCUGUUGGUAGGAUGGCUGAUGAAAUUAACGCAAAGGUUGAAAUAUUAAGAAGAGAACGCGAGUUAGAAGAAGCCCGAGCCAAAUUAAAAGCAAUACAUCAAUUUAAAUAUCGCGCGGGAGAAACUUCCGGUGAAGAAACCGAUGGUUAUUUGAGUUCAGGGUAUGAUGGAGCAACAUCGCGAACCGAUUAUUAUCAACAAGAACAUCAAUACAAACCUCACCAAUACAACACCUACAACGAGAAAUUUACCCAUUUAGAAAGUCCAGAAAAAGUUAACAUGAUAGACCAAGAAAAGAAAAUAAAAUCGUCAAUUUUACAUGAAACGAACGCGUUAGAUUCGGCAGUUUAUGGAGGUGGGAAUAACUACAAUCAACCAUCGACAUCUCCUUACAACACAUAUGGUUAUCCAAAAGCACCUACAUCUUAUAGUCCUGAUAACCGAUAUAAUCAAUCAGUUUCUAAUACACAAACGUACGAUGCUCAUUCGUACGGAAGUGGGAUUUAUGGAACAACUCAAAAUUAUUCACAAAAUUACCCACAAAAUUAUGGUUCAAUAGGUCAAUACGCAGUGCCAACAAAAUCACCCUAUUCAUCAACGAUACCGCCAACGAUGCCUUCAAUUCAAUCAUCGAUUCCUAAAUUUGAUACCCCCUUAAAAAUAGAUGAAUAUCGAACGAUAACUUCAGGUGGGAUUGGGUCUUCGACUCACCCAGGCUACGUAACUUCCGAGGUGUCUUCCAAUACUUUCAAAACCCCCGAUGGCUAUCAAACGAAUACUUAUAGAUACGAAACUUAUCAAUCCAAUUCUGAACCAUACUCUUAUAGUAUGAGCGAAAAAUAUUACACGAGCUCCCCACCGUCAAAAUUAGAGCAUAGCCCAAUCGACCAAAAAUCAUUUCAAGAUCAUUUUAAAAACGGAAGCGAUAUGAAAAAUUUCUCGUCGAAUUUUUCGACGCAAAUGGAGUCAUUUAGCGAUGUGCCAAGUUUUAAAGAUGGAGGUGAAACUUUAGAACAAAAAAUGUUGAAGAAAUCGAUGACGCAACAUGUAACGGAAAAGAAAACGGUCUCGAUGACGAGAAGUACUAAACAGGAAACGUCUACGAAAAAUUUUAAAUUUGAAUAAAUUAAGCCAUAAUUAUCGUUAUUGAGGUGGUGUAUUAUAAAGAUGUAAUGUAAAUAAAUAAAUAAAAAAACGCCGUUUCUUUUUUGGGCUUGAAAUUAACAUACAAUGUAUACAAUCAAAAACAUAAAAGCUUUAAUAAUUCAUUUCUUUUUUAAUUAUACUUUUAAAAUGAAUUUGUGCCUUUCUAAUCUUAUGACAUCAAAAAAUUCGUCAAUCAACAAAAAAAUGUAAUAUAGUUUUAUGAAUUUUUAUUAAAUCGUUAAUUAUAAUAACAAUUGAAGUGAAUUAAUGAAAAAAUCUUUUGUAUUAAUUAAUAAGAUGGUGCUAAAUAACCACUUAGAUUAUCAUAUUAUUUACGUUAACAAAGAGGUGUUAUUUUAGGUGAAGUAGUAAUUGUGUAACCAAAACAUUUUUUUUUCAUCAUAGUUUUUGUAUAAAUUUACGUUAUAUUAUCGCGCUUUUCUUUAAUAUUAGUAUGUAGGUAAUUUUUAUUUUUCUUAGUGCCAAAACGAUUUUUUUGUUUAAUAUAAUAAAUUAUAAAUAUGCAAAAAAAAUAUACAUAAUUAGAGUGCCUAACUUUAAACUAUAUAUUUAAAAAGAGAAACAAAAAAGAAAAAAGUUUUAAAAGACUUGUAACUGUGCCUGUUAUUCAAUUCAAUUUUUUUAAUUUUAAAUUUACUUAGUUUUACGGAAUGUUUGUUUGAUUAAAAGUAAUCCAAUAAAAUAUAUAUGCUGAUAA